AUGUUUGAUAUAUUCGAGCACCCACUCUACUAUAGAAGAGUCCCAACAUUCUUCCAAGUUGCACAAGCAAUUAGAAGACAAAGAAUGUUAGAAGAUCUAAUGUUCUCGGAUUUUGAAGUCCCAGAAAUCUACUUCUAUGUCAAGUCUAAUGAAGCCAAACAUAAUAACAAGAAGAAUAAGAAAUCAAAGGCACAAAAGAAAUCUACUGAGGCUCAAGAGCAUGAUGAAGAAGAUGAAUCAACAACUGUAGAGUCUCCAAAGGAAGAACAGCCAAAGACAGAAGAAUCACCAAAGGUUGAAUCAAGCCAAGCUCCUGUUGCUGAAACAACAGUAGAUGAGAAAGCAAAUACAGAAUCUCAGAAUACAAACGAAAGUGAGAAACAUGAAGAAGUAGAAAAACAAACAGAAAAUAAGGAAGAAGAAGCAAAGUCCGAAGAAAUCCCAAUCCAUGUUGAAUCUCCUAAGAUUUCACAUUCUUUCUCUGAAGAUAUUCCUAGAUUAGAAGAGCCUGAAGGUCAUUCAAUUAAGCAUUCAAGCUCAGAAGAACUUCCAAAGUUAGAAGAGAAUGAAAAAGAAGAGAAAACUGAAGAAAAACCAAAGGAAAUUAUAGAAAAGAAGCCAGAAGAAUUAGUUCCAAUAGAUGAUGAUGAUAAUUACACAUGCGAGACAAGAACUGUUACAAAGAGAGGUGGAUUUAAGCAUGUUAUCAAGACAGAACGUAACGAAGAAACAGGAGUUAUUAUCGUCACAGAAACAAGAGAAAUAGGAACUAAAUCAAUGACACUUAAAGGUGUAAUAUAUCCAGAUGGUGAUGUAGAAGAAUUCGAAUCGAAGAAUGACCUCAAUGAUAAUGAUUUAGAAGAAUUCAAGUCAAAUUGGUGCAAAGCUUUCCCAAGCAAGUAA